UCUUACCCACACACUACUAUGGCGGAUUCCAAGCGGCUGAGCUACCCAGCGUUGACAUGCUUGUUGAAGCAUUUGGAGCCGAAUUUGAGAUUCCAAAUCGCUAUCAUGUGAUCUCAAUCAAGCCUUUAUUAUGAUAUUUGGUUGUUUUGGAUCAUUAUAGGCGCAUUUAGAAAAAAAUCCCACUGGCGCUACUCCACCUUUAAAAUUUCGAAAUUCAAUGUUUUUCAACCAAAAUAUAUCUUACAAGCCCAUAAUAUUUUCGUGUUUCAACAAGUGUGAUAAUAAAUAUUUCUUA